AUGUUGAGCGUGUUGUGUUUUAAGGUUUUGAGGAAAAUGCAGAGACGGCAUAGCAGCAACACUGACAGCGUUCCUCCUGAAAGAAACCGGAGCCAAACAGUCAGUUCUGAAACCAGCGUGGAUGAAAGUGGAGUUUUUGAAAGUCUGAAGGCCGAAGCUUCCUCGCCACAACAGCUGUUCUCAGGCCUGGCAGGUAUCCCGUCGGGCACCAUCACAGCCACGCCAUUCCAGUCAGGUUUGGUUCUGGGAACACGCAAGAAACACAACACAGAACCAGCCCCAAGGGAGGAAGGGACCAGUCGUACUGAAGGAGCCCCAUUUCACCACCGGCAGUCGUCCCAUCAUUUCCACCAUGGCCAUCACCGGGGUUCAUCGCUACUGCACAUGGCAGGAGGGGACCGCCACGGGCAUGCUGAGGAAGGCAGUGACGAACAAGCUGGAACUCCAGCCCCAGCUCUUUCAGAGUUAAAAGCUGUGAUCGGUUGGCUGCAGAAGGGACUUCCCUUCAUCUUGAUCCUCCUGGCUAAACUUUGUUUCCAGCAUAAGCUUGGGAUUGCUGUGUGCAUUGGAAUGGCCAGCACAUUCGCAUAUGCCAACUCUACACUCCGAGAACAGGUUGCUCUGAAGGAGAAGAGAUCAGUGUUGGUUGUCUUCUGGAUCCUGGCCUUUCUUACUGGAAACACCUUGUACUUGCUUUACACAUUCAGCUCUCAGCAGCUGUACAACAGCCUUAUAUUUCUGAAACCCAACCUUGAGAGGCUGGACUUCUUCGACCUGAUGUGGAUUGUGGGGAUUGCAGACUUUGUACUGAAGUACCUCACCAUCGCGCUGAAAUGCCUAAUUGUUGCCCUGCCUAAGAUCAUCCUAGCUGUCAAGUCAAAGGGAAAGUUUUACCUGGUUAUUGAGGAGCUGAGCCAGCUGUUUCGCUCCCUUGUCCCCAUCCAGCUAUGGUAUAAAUACAUCAUGGGAGAUGAUCCGUCCAGCAGCUACUUCCUAGGUGGGAUCCUGAUCAUCCUGUAUAGCCUCUGCAAGUCUUUUGACAUCUGUGGUCGUGUGGGAAGUGUCCGGAAGGCGCUGAAGGUCCUUUGCACCCCGCAGACCUAUGGAGUUCGUGCUACCAGCCAGCAGUGCAGUGAGGCAGGUGACAUCUGUGCCAUUUGCCAAGCAGAAUUCAGGGAACCUUUGAUCCUUAUGUGCCAGCAUGUGUUUUGUGAAGAAUGCCUCUGCCUCUGGUUUGACAGGGAGAAGACCUGUCCUCUUUGUCGUUCUGUCACAGUAGAAACCCUGCGUUGCUGGAAGGAUGGCACCACCUCUGCUCAUUUCCAGGUGUAUUAA